GACAAACAGAACAAAGAAGACGAUGAUGAUGAGGAAGAGGACGACGACGAGGAAGAUGAGGAUGACGAUGAAGAGGAGGAAGAGGAGGAAGAACCUGUCAAAGAAGUACCUGGAAAACGAAAGAAGGAAAUGGCCAAACAGAAAGCUGCUCCUGAAGCCAAGAAGCAGAAAGUGGAAGCUGUAGAACCAACUACAGCUUUCAAUCUAUUUGUUGGAAACCUGAAUUGUAACAAGUCUGCUCCAGAAUUAAAAACUGGUCGCAGUGACCUUUUUGCUAAAAAUGAUCUCGUUGUAAUGGAUGUCAGAAUUGGUAUGACUAGGAAAUUUGGCUAUGUGGAUUUUGAAUCUGCUGAAGACCGGGAAAAAGCCUUGGGACUCACUGGUUUAAAGGUAUUUGGUAAUGAAAUUAAACUAGAGAGACCAAAAGGAAAAGACAGUAAGAAAGACCGAGAUGCCAGAACAGUUUUGGCCAAAAACUUGCCUUACAAAGUCACUCAGGAUGAAUUAAAAGAAGUGUUUGAAAAUGCCCUGGAGAUCAGAUUAGUCAGCAAAGAUGAAAAGAGUAAUGGGAUUGCUUAUCUUGAAUUCAAAACAGAAGCUGAUGCUGAGAAACCCUUUGAAGAAAAGCAAGGAACAGAGAUUGAUGGCCGUUCUAUAUCCUUGUACUACACAGAGGAGAAAGGUCAAAAUCCAGAGCACAGAGGUGGGAAGAGCAGCACAUGGAGCGGUGAAUCAAAAACACUGGUUUUAAGUAACCUCUCCUACAGUGCAACAGAAGAAACUCUCCAGGAAGUAUUUGAGAAGGCAACUGCUAUCAAGGUGCCUCAGAACCAGAAUGGCAAAUCUAGAGGGUAUGCAUUUAUAGAAUUUGCUUCAUGUGAAGAUGCUAAAGAAGCUUUAAAUUCUUAUAAUAAAAGAGACAUUGAAGGCAGAGCCAUCAGGCUGGAAUUGCAAGGAUCCAGGGGAUCCCCUAAUGCGAGAAGCCAGCUGUCCAAAGCACUGUUUGUCAAAGGUUUGUCUGAGGACACAACUGAGGAAAUAUUGAAGGAGUCGUUUGAUGGGUCUGUUCGUGCCAGGACAGUCACAGACCGGGAAACUGGCUCCUCCAAAGGGUUUGAGUUUGUAGACUUCAAUAGUGAAGAAGAUGCUAAAGCCGCCAAGGAGGACAUGGAGGACGGGGAAAUUGACGGAAACAAAGUUACCUUGGACUGGGCCAAGCCUAAGGGUGAAGGUGGCUUUGGCGUACGAGGUGGAGGCCGAGGAGGAUUUGGAGGCAGAGGUGACCAUGGCAGAGGAGGCCGGGGAGGAUUUGGAGGGAGAGGAGGCUUCCAGAGAGGCAGAGGAGGAGGAAGAGAUCACAAGCCACAAGGAAAGAAGACGAAGUUUGAAUAG